AUGACAGUACCGAGUACACUUCGCAAGCUACUCCUCCUUGCCCAUCCUCUCUCGAUCCCUGAUCCCUCUGCUGGUGCUGGUGCUGGUGCGUGCUGCAUGGCCGGAAUCCCUACCUCAACUCGACUCAUCCACCACCUGGUCCCGUGCCUAGCUUCGCCCUCAUCCUCCUCCCUCGCCACGCCAUCCCAACGGCCAUCCACAAGGCUCCCCAGACUCUCCAGAUUCCCGCGUAGUUGCUGACCUCUUCAAGUCAAACCUGACCCUCGGGUUUCGUGGGCCCGAGAUCGAUCACCACACCUUUCCAUUCGUGCGUGAUACAUGAUUUUUGGUAGCUCAUCACCUCCACCCACCUGGUUCCGCCCUGCAUGCAACCUCGCCUCUCGAAGGCAACAAAAAUUGGUCUCCAAUCCUCCCCUCGUCAUGACUGGUUCGUACCCGCCCGCCUCCGAACUUCGACCUGGCGGCUUGUCUUCUGCACCAUGCGGUUCAACACCCCGGUUCGUGACCACACCCACCGGGGCCCCAAGUCGAGGAAAAACUUGAUAAGACUCUCGUUGCCUCGCUCCGGGGAGCUGACCCCAAAUGGCUUCCCCUGACCACAUCCAGUCCCUCUCGCUUUCUCUCCCUGUGAACUCGUCCAAGGCCAACGACGCCGGCAUCAUGGCUCUCGAGAAGGAAUCCCUCUCCUCUACCCCUCCCGCCACCCACAAUGAGCAUGGCAUCUUCCACCAACCCCACGAAUACCGCCAUACCACCGUCGACGGCCAGCCUCCCUACGCGGAACAUGGUCCUCUGGUCGAUCACAAAGUCCCCCAGGAAGAUGUCGUCCAAUCAGAGCCGGAUCUGGCCUGGAGCAGGUUUCGGCACUUUAUGCGGGAACCGCUCUCCGAGUUCUUUGGCGUCUUCAUUCUGAUUCUCUUUGGCGACGGCGUCGUGGCUCAAGUCGUGCUCAGCAACGGAACCAAAGGUGACUACCAGUCGAUCUCCUGGGGCUGGGGAUUGGGCGUUAUGCUGGGAGUGUACACCGCUGGCAUCUCAGGAGCCCAUUUAAACCCAGCAGUGACAUGGGCCAACUGCGUGUUUCGCAAGUUUCCCUGGCGCAAAUUCCCCAUCUACAUGGUUGCCCAGACGUUAGGAGCCCUAUGCGCCUCGGGGGUGGUGUACGCCAACUACAAAUCGGCCAUCGACGUUUUCGAAGGGGGCGCCCACAUUCGAACGGUCCCGGGCUAUUCGGACACUGCAACUGCGGGAAUCUUCUGCACCUACCCGGCGCCGUUCAUGACCAAGACUGGACAGUUCUUCUCCGAGUUCAUCGCCAGUUCGAUCCUCAUGUUCUUGAUCUACGCUCUCAAAGACGAUGGCAAUCUGGGGGCUGGUAAUCUGACACCCUUGGGGCUGUUCUUCAUCAUCUUUGGGAUCGGCGCUUGCUUGUAAGUUGUGCUGGGCCGCGGCUGAAAAGCGACGAACUAACUUUCCCCGCCAACAGCGGCUGGGAAACUGGCUAUGCGAUCAAUCUGGCCCGAGACUUUGGCCCAAGAUUGAUGUCGUAUAUGCUUGGGUACGGUCCACAUGUGUGGCAUGCUGGCAAUUAUUACUUCUGGGUACCCAUGGUUGCUCCCUUCUUCGGAUGCACCUUCGGCGGCUGGCUAUACGACAUGUUCCUGUUCACUGGCGAAUCACCCAUCAACACGCCAUAUGUGGGAUUGGCCAGAUUCCUCACGCCGAAUAGGGCGACAUGGUCCAACACCUAUGUCCCGAAAGAAGCCUCGAAGGUGUAAACAAUCUCCGGAUCAACUCACUUUCUCCUUCGGCUUGGAUUCUGGACUCGCACAAAACAACUCGGUUGGUUCACGCAAAGGGAGACCGCAGGGGCACGGGAUGUUACUGUGAAGGCCCCAAGGGUGGCCGGAUGUCAACAAGAAAAGAGGCAGGCAGACAAAACGGGACCCAUACUCCAGACAUGUAUUUCUAGGUGUUUGAUGACGUUGACGAAGGUACAUGAAAGCAAAAUAAUCAAUAUGUGGUGUAUACUCUGCGAUCUUCAGGGCCUCGACACAACCAUUUGGGCCUUUGCCUUGGGCUGGGCGCGUC